AUGUCGGACCCGCAGCCGGCCCAGGACGUACAGCCGGUCCAGAACGCGCCACCGGUCCAGGACGCGCAGCCGGUCCAGGAACCAGAGCCGGUCCAGGACGCACAGCCGGUCCAGGACCGGGUGAAGUAUCUGCGGGAGCUGGAGGAGUUCACCGAGAACUGCAAGAAGCAGCUCAACGACAUCUUCGAAUCGCUGGGAUGGUCACCACACUACAAGCAGGAGGCCAUGGAGCAGUGUCCGUACGACCCCGGCCACAGAGUCCCGGUCAGAACUCUGGAGAAGCACAAAGCCUCCUGCCGCCUCAGGAAGAUGGGCUACUCAGCCGAGGAGCAGGCGGAGAUGUACGACACGUCUGUGUGUUAUGAGAACAGCAGCGUCAAAAGCUUCACAAUGGACAAGUCCGUGCAGCACCAGGUGAUCCUCCAGGCGAGGUCUGCCGCCCCGCUGAUGAAGAUGGAAGGAGUCUUCUGGCAAGGUCAGUACUCCGGCCAGCCCGUCGACGUGCCUCAGAACCACAAGCGAGCUCUGUGUGAUCUCACUGUGGCCGACCGAUUGGCUCUGUACGAUCACGUGGUCGGCGUCCUCACCAAACAGAAAGAAGCCGCCUCCUCUUCUAACGACGAUCUCUACGUCGAUCUGGUGUCCAAACUCCGGAGGGCUGAGGAGCAGAACGAACCGAAGACUCACCUGGAGCUGAUGGCAGAGAUGAGGGACUACAAGAGGCGGCGUCAGUCCUACCGGGCCAAGAACGUUCACAUCACCAAGAAGUCCUACACCGAGGUGAUCAGAGAGGUCAUCAACGUCCACUCAGAGGAGCUCUCCAGACAGUGGAGAGAGGACGAGGGGGAGGAGUCAUCCACACGCUCCGCCCACUCCUCCCACAGGCGCCGCUUGGAUGAAAGGAGAUCGGCGUCCUCAGAGUCUCACCACUCCCCCAGCAGGAAGCGGGAGCGCAGCCGGGAGCGCAGCCAGGACGGAGAGAGCAAGAAGAAGAAGAAGAAGAAGAGGGAAAGGGAUUCCCGUUCUCCCAGUGAGCACCGCCACGACCGAAAGAGGAAGAAGAAGAAGAAGAAAGAGGAGAAGAAGAAAGAGGAGAGGGAGAAGGAGAAGUGAUAGUCCCACAUCAGCGACAGCAGACGUCCAAUCGGAGGAGGACAAAGGUCCCUGAGGCCUCUGCAGGUUGAAAUGUGUCAUGAACAUAUUUGUGUGCGUCACAGAAACUUGUCAAUCUCAGCGUUUCACUCUCAAACAGACUCCGCCUGCCUCUUCCUGAUUGGCUGAUUGGUUUCCAACGACAUACAAACUUGGAAUGUUGGUCAGCAGUGUCCGCGCUGACCCCGGGGUCAAAGGUCACUGUGUUUGGCAGUGUGUCUACACAGGAUUUCUCCACUCAUUGGGAAACAAUGGAAAUCUUUUCAUGUGACAUUUUGCUUUUUAAUGUGAGUUUGCGAUUUUUGUAAAAGAUACAAUAAUCAGCAGUUGUUCAAUUUCAGUAGUUUCACAUGUGGUGCUUCUCUUUGUUAGCUGAUUCUGUGAAUGUGUAAUAAAGAGUUAAAAAGUU